ACUCAUUACCCCAUACAUAAAAGAAAUUUUUUUCAACCACAUACAUUUUUACAAUUGUACUUUGACGAUUUUUGCGCUUCCCAAACCUUUAAUUAGUGACCCAUAUACUGUUAAUAAGUGUGCUCUCAAUUAAUUAAAAUGCCGCGCGACUACGACAGAGACUACAAUGAGGACACCGCCGCAGACUACAAGCGGAAGCGACGUGACGACGAGACAACCGGCGCCGGCAGCGCAGCAGACGCUCCCGAAGUGGAUGGCAGCCACGGUCACACAGCCAGCCACGCCCCCCUGCACGAUACGCCACAGUUGAACGAGAAGACAAAUGCCUACCUGCAAGAAUGCCUUAUGGAGAAGAAGUCACUGGAGAAGAAGAAUAUUAUCACAAAGCGACUGCUCGAUGAUGAGGUGGAGAAAAUACUGGUCAGUGGCCGCAUACCAAAGCCCGAGAUAUAUGCGAAUGUGUACAGCGAAAAACCAAUUAGGGUUGCCCAAAAAGUUCUUUUCCCCAUCAAAGAGUAUCCGAAAUUCAAUUUUGUGGGCAAAAUACUGGGACCCAAGGGGAACACACUGCGCCAACUGCAGGAGGAGACAAUGUGUAAAAUGGUCGUAAUGGGUCGCAAUUCGAUGCGUGACCAUGGCAAGGAGGAGGAAUUGCGCAGCUCGGGCAAUCCAAAAUAUGCGCAUCUUAGCAGGGAUCUGCAUGUGGAGAUAUCGACAGUGGCACCACCAGCCGAAGCCUAUCAUCGUCUGGGGUAUGCCUUGUGCGAAAUACGCAAAUUCAUGAUACCUGACGCCAACGACGACAUUCGUCUGGAGCAACUCCGUGAAAUGGACGGCAAGGAGCGCAUGUACAAGAAAUCUCAUCACUACUCCAAGUCAUAUGGUGACCAUGGCGCCUACAGCACUAGGACACCUCCGCCAGCCACAUCUAAGCCCAAGGUGUAUUCCAUUCUGGAAAAGGCGCGCUACGUAAUGGAUGAUCCCAAUUAUGGUAUUGUUAAGGCUCACAGAUCUAGGGAUCAUGAGCUAUAUGAUCAUCAUGGUGAAUACGACAGAUAUGCAACGCCGCCGCCGCAGUCUUCGAAGCACUCGAGUCACCAUGCCCAAUAUGACAGUAGCUCGUAUGAGCGGGACUAUCGACGUGAGUAUCAUCCGCACUCGUCUUCCUCAACGUAUGCGGCGGCCUAUCCAGCAAAACCAAGCAACGGUCGUUCAUCAUCGUCAUAUAGACCAACGACAUCGGGCUCGGGAUCACAUUCAUCGGCACAUUAUGAAACUGGAUCACGUUCUCGUGAAAGCGUGCGUUAUCGCUCGGCUCCAUAUCCAAAAAUGCGCUAAUUUAUUUCACAAUAAUCCAAUCAACCAACAAAGUUAAGUAGUUAGUAUCCAGCAACGAGAGCGACAAAGCUAAACAAAACAAAAAAAAAAUUCCAUGCAAAUACAAAAAAGAAAAAGGAGAAUAAAAAAAACAUACAACAACAAAUAUCAAAAAUAUUUAAAGUCCAAUAAUCCAACCAAUAAUACAUAAACAAAUCUAUGCAUACACUUACCUAAAAAUAUAUAUAUGACCUAAAACCAAACAAAAAUUUCAAAUGCAAAACCUAUUUUAUAGUAAUUGUUGUUUAAAAUAUUUAAUUUGUGUUAAACCCAAACAAAAAAGAAAAAAGAAAGAAAA